AUGCACAGGUGUAAAGUCGCACAUGAUCUCCUAUCACAGAUAGUCGCAGAACAACGUGCUGACAUCGUGAUUAUAAGCGAGCAAUAUGGAAGGAGAGAUCAAGGGUCCUGGCUGGAGGAUCCCACAAAAACAGCUGCUAUCUGGAUCCCAUACCGCAAUGGCAUCUCACCAGUAAAGAGCGGAAGUGGAGACGGUUACGUCUGGGUGCAGUUAAACCACUUUACGCUGUUUAGCUGCUACCUCACUCCUAGUGACAGCAUCGACGCCUACGAGGCAAAACUCGAUGAGAUCGAGGACACAAUGCGUGGAUUAGACGGCCAUCACGUAGUAGCUGGCGAUUUCAACUCUCGAGCGGUGGAAUGGGGCAUGCCAACAACCAACCCAAGAGGGAGACGAGUUCUAGACAUGGCCGCAAGAACCGGUUUACUCGUUGUAAACACUGGAGACGUGCCAACCUUUAGGCGACCCGGCUGCGAAGGCACUAUACCGGACAUCACCCUUGCGUCCGAGGAAAUCAUCGGAAAAAUAACAGAGUGGAGCGUACUGGAAACUUACACGGCAAGCGAUCACCAGUACAUUAUGUUCUCCUUCAAUACUGGAGGGAACACAGUUAACGAGGAAAGGAGCACCAGUACACGAAAGUGGAACCCACAUCCUCCUUCUUGGCAACGUCCUUCAAUUUGUCGUCCAACAUAUCCCCCAGCUUGCUCCAUGAGAAAACAUCUUUGUGGUCAGAAUUCAUGCUUUGGCACGGCGAAAAUUUUUUCGGUGUAUGAUUUGCCUGAUCUGGUGAUGUUGAUAAUAACGUGCGCUUACUAUUCAUCUGGCAACACAGUACAACAUAUGAUCGACGAUAACGAUAAAAUACUUCAGCUGGCACUUGUUAUCGAUUAA